CUGUAGGGUUACUCAUGGGACGCCAGAAAAAAAGGGGGACAAAUGUCAAUCAGAGCUGUAAUAUGCCUUUCACGUCGAAAUGUUGAUUCGGAGAUAGAUUCAUAAACACGAGACAAACAUCUAGAAAUAUCAUGAAACUCCCGAAGACCACAUAUUUUUUCAUAGGUCUGAAUUUAUAAGUUGAGACAUUCCCUUGACAUCUUGAUAUUUCCAGUGAAUAGGAAUAACAAUACCAUUAUCAACAUGCGAUUAGACUUAAGCCUCGCUGAUAUGGGUAGUCAAAUCAAUUACGACUGACCUCGCCUGGGUAGGCCCCGUACAAAGUGUGUAGUGAUCAGUCCCAGCCUUCCACAAACAGUGCAGUGCGUAUUGUUUGUGGUGACACGUUACGGUUCAUAUCGUCCAGCAUUCCACCGGCUCCACAUCCGCGUGUCAUGCCGACGCACCAGCACCUGUCAACCACCUGACUCCGUCCCCACCCCUCCUCCCCCACCCACCUCCUGCUGCCCCCUCCCCCCCGGGAUGACGGUGUCGGACCCAGCCCACCAGCCUGCCGGGCCGGCGCCUGGCUUCUCUGGGCUGCCGGAUGAGCUGUGGGGCCGCGUCUUCUCGUACCUGGACCCGGUGGAGGACCGGGUUGUUAUGUUAGCGCUCGUUUGUAAGAAGUGGAGCCGUGUUUUGAGGAAUACGCCCGACUUGUGGCGCACGCUGAACGUUUGUCGGCACCUGGAGGACCAGCAGUACGAAAACGUCGCCGUGGUGCUGAACACAUACGGCCAACACGUCCAUGUGCUGACCUGGAAGUCAGGUGUACCAGUCAGCCCUGCCGUGCUGGCCCUUGUGCCCACCUUAACAAACCUGCGGGUUCUCGGUUUGCCGGUAGUUUGGGACAGGGAACACAUCCACAGUUUAAUGCCACUCUCAGGGUUAGAGGAGGUUCAGAUCAACGGUGCGUUUGAGCUGACGGACGGCGACUUGGACCUCGUCGCCAGGUCCUUCCCCGAGCUGAGGGAAGUGACUUUCACGGCGUGCUGGAACCUUUCUCCCGAAGGCGUGCUCUCCUUCCUCGAACAGUCCGACCUGCACAACCUGAGACUCAAACUCAAUGUAGGGCUGCCUCUUCACGAUGUGCGGAGCGAUCAUGCCAUGUUACAGGGAGCGAACCUUGUCCUUGAUCUGGCCGACUCGCGGUUUGCCCACCUCUUAACCGUGCUCCACUUGAACUUCGUACCGCUCGAGCUGGACGAGCUCUGGAGCUGCCUGAACCAUUUUACACGCAUCCGCAAGCUGGGCAUCACCAACUGUGAGAGACUCCAGGGUGUGCGCCUGCGCUCUGCGACCCUGCAGAAGCUGUACCUGUACAACCUGUGGAGCGUCAGCUUCGUCAGCUUGUGGACGCCGCAGCUGCGCAGUCUGCACCUGGACGCCGGGAUGGAGAACAUGGAACACCUGGAAGUUUUCGCGCCAAAACUUCGGAAGCUGCAGGUGGACGGCAGCGGCGUUCUCAGGACUCUGAGUGUGAAGAGCAGCAAACUGUCCAACGUCGAGCUCUACAACUGUGAAAUGCUGGACGGGUUGGGCUUUACCCGUUUCCUGGGCAACAACAUCACCGUCACCGUCCUGUCCCUGGGCAGCAUAGACAUGGAGGCGCUGUCUCUCGACCAAAACCGGUGCCCUAGCUUGCGAGAACUGCGUCUCCUAGCGGACUUUCGCUGUACUUCACUCCACCUGUCAUGCCCGACCCUGAGACGGCUGUGCGCGGAUAGUGACGUCAUGUUGCCCACGUUACAAAUUGUCUCGGUUGUGGCGAAACACGUGGACAGGCUUCACCUUGCAAACGUGCCGGGACUUCAAAGUUUAACCGUACAGUGUGACCGGGUAGACCUUGUGGAAAUAAAUACGACAGGAAACGUCAACGUUUCACUAGAGAACUGCGCUCUGCAAGCAGUUGAAGAGUUAGGUACGCUGAGGUUGUUUGACUGUCAGGUGCAGGCACUUGUACUGAGCGCCCCCUUGGUGCGGCAAUUGGUACUGUACCGCUGCGUGGUAACGGACUACAGUCUGUGCAUGGCGCUCCGCGGAUGUCCGAACAUCCAACGCCUACAGCUGCAGAAAUGCAGCUCGCUGACACGAGUUUCCAUCUGCAGGUCGCUGAUGCAGUAUCUCCACCUGUUGGACUGCAGGGGGAUCCUACAAGUGGAGCUGACAGACUGUCCAAAGCUGCUAGCUCUGGACAUCGGCCAAUGUCCGAACGUGCGACUUUUCGUGCAGGGAUCAGAGACAACCCCAAACAAAUACAGCACUGAAAUGGUGUGGUCAGGACCACCAGGAAAGAAGGCUAAAGUGGGUCUUGGAGAAAGGACCAAACCCGUCAGCAUCUAAAAUUGUGUUGACAGAAAGG